CUCACAGAAGGAUGAACCAGUGAGCUGAGCUGAGGGGCAGAGGGCGCGGGGCGGAGGUUGAAACGCUGGUGCUGCCCGAGGUAGGAGGAGGCCGGUCUGGUUGUCUGGCGGCCAGCUAUGAAGCCGCCUAGUUCAGUGCAAACAAGUGAGUUUGACUCAUCAGACGAAGAGCCUAUUGAAGACGAACAGACUCCAAUUCAGAUAUCAUGGCUACCCCUGUCACGAGUGAACUGUUCUCAAUUUCUUGGUUUAUGUGCUCUUCCAGGUUGUAAAUUUAAAGGUGUUAGAAGAAAUAUCCAAAAAGAUACAGAAGAACUAAAGAGCUAUGGUAUACAAGACAUAUUUGUUUUCUGCACCAGAGGGGAACUGUCAAAAUAUAGAGUUCCAAACCUUGUGGGCCUCUACCAUCAGUAUGGAAUUAUCACUCAUCAUCAUCCGAUUCCAGAUGGAGGGACUCCCGACAUAGCCAGCUGCUGUGACAUAAUGGAGGAGCUUGAAAUCUGCCUUAAAAAUAACCGAAAAACCUUAAUACACUGUUAUGGAGGACUUGGGAGAUCCUGUCUUGUAGCCGCUUGUCUCCUCCUAUACCUGUCUGACACAAUAUCACCGCAGCAAGCCAUCGACAGCCUGAGGGACCUGAGAGGCUCUGGAGCAAUACAGACCAUAAAGUCUCAACUUUAGGACGAAGUCUGAGGAGCAGGUUCUGAAAACAGAGAAGCAGCUCCCUUUAUUAUCUUUAUUAUCAACAUGUUCCCAAGUGUCUCUUUGACACGAAACAAAAUACAUGGUCAAACAUAUGUAUAUGCGUGUUUUACAUCUUUAAUCGUAGAGAGAAUUAAGCCCAUAUUAAUUAUCACCUCAGCAUUCUGGGGCAAACGUGCUUUUUCCAUCUCUGUGCUGAUGUAAGUUAGCAGUAUGCAAUUUCAAUUUCUGAACAGUAAUACAAAAUGAGAUUCUUGGCAGAGUGAGAAUAUCCUCUGGGCAGCUAUUAAAACUCCAAAUGAAUUAUUUAAAGAUUUUAUUUUGCUUAUCUGUUAAGAUCAGUGAUUUUAUUUUAAUAUUUUAAUAUUAUCUACUAUGAAAAUUGUUCCAAAUGGAUUUUAUCAUCACCAAAAGCAGAAAACUAAGGCUCUGUAAAUUAAGAAAUAGAUUUUCUUGAAUACGCUGCUGUUAACUGCUGCAGAAAGUGCCCUCUCCCCUGUCCUUACUCCCCAGGGGAAAAUGCGUUAGCGAAAAGCAUAUCUUCGUGUGUUUUUAAUCUUACUUCCUCCUGCCAGUAAAGGGAGAAAGGAUUUUAAAGAUUUAUAAAACACUGCCGUUAUUUCAUGCUACCUCCUAAUUUUUAGAGAUUUUUAAAACAAGUUUUUCACACUAUAUGUAGCUUUAUUGAAAGAUAAAACUUCCUCAAGAUAGGAAUACCUCCUUACACAAAAGGAUGUAGAACUGUUUUUAUCAAGUAUUUUUUUGAUUCCCGAUUCCGACUAGUAUGACUACUCUGGUAAUCAGCUUUCUACAAUGUAUUUCA